UUAAAAUUUGAAUUCUGAAACAACAGUUUAAACUGAGUGUGAAUUGUGUGAUUAGAAAAAAUUUCAAAAACAGUUUGUGGUGUAAAAUAAAAAAGGAUACACAAUGGCUAACUUAAGUCGGCAAGGAUUAUGCAUAUUUUUUGGACUUCUAUUAGCGCACUUUCCAAUUAAUAUCGUCACAGGACAACAACAACAACAAAUUAACUACGCCAUACAAUCUUUCCGUAUUACCCCCCACGAUGUACACAUCCUCGAAGGUACCGACACCCUGCUACGUUGUGAAAUAUCCAACCGAGUCGGAAAAGUUCAAUGGACAAAAGACGGAUUUGCAUUGGGAUUUUCCACCAUCAUCCCCGGUUAUCCACGAUAUUCGGUUAUUGGUGAUUUUAAUCAAGGAGUCUACAAUUUACAAAUAUCGAAUACAACUUUGGAGGACGAUGCUGAAUAUCAAUGUCAAGUUGGCCCAGCAAAAGGUAAUCCAGCUAUACGGGCCAAUGCAAAGCUCAAUAUAAUCGCUGCGCCCACAUCAAUUCAAUUAGAUGGUUAUGGUUCAAAUUCUCGAGUUGAGGUUAUUGAAAAGCAAAAUUUGACUUUGAAGUGCAUAGUGGAAAAUGCCAAACCUGCCGCUGAAAUUGUUUGGUAUCGAGGAAAUAUCGAAUAUAAUAGUGCUUAUGAACCGGAAGUGCAAGUGAAAGAAACACAAUUGAAAACUUUUACCACCACUUCGACAAUUACCAUUCGUCCAAGUGCCGACGAUGACUACAAGGAUUUUUCCUGUCAAGCAAAACACCGCGCUCUACCCCCAGAUGUCCCGAUGCGUGCCAAUAUUCAUCUAUCUGUUCUGUAUCCUCCAGGGGCACCAUUUUUCGAAGGCUAUUCCACUGGGGAAAACUUGAGACGAGGACAAAAUGUCGAAAUUGCUUGUCGCAGUCGAGGUGGCAAUCCGCCUGCCCAAUUGUUGUGGUAUAAAAAUGGCCAGCCAAUUGUUUCACCACAAAAGAACAUGGGACGUCUAUCGGAGAAUGUCUAUAAAUUUGUAGCCGACUCAAGUGACAAUGGAGCGAAAUUAAGUUGUGAGGCGAAAAAUAUUCUUUCGGAAAAGGCCCUAAAGGCCGAUCUUGAACUGUCUGUGACAUUUUCUCCAGCUGAAGUGACUAUUUCGGGUCCCACAGAAGCCUUAGCCGAACAAACGGUUCAGCUAUCGUGCUCUUCUGCACCAUCGAAUCCAAUUGCAGAGGUAAGUUGGAGUGUAGAUGGACAGCAAAUGAAUGCCACCAAUUCGAAAAGCCAACAAAGCCCUGAAGGUGGUUGGAUAACAGUAUCAAACUUAUCAGUGACCAUUGGCUCAAAUAAAAGAUUCCUGGUUGCCGUGUGUCAUGGAUUUAAUGCAGCCUUGACAGAAGCAGUGGUGGCAACGCAUACAAUAAAUAUUUUGCAUCCACCAUCAGCCCCAUCACUAACAGGAUACACCGAAGGCCAAAUAAUCGUCGCCGGAUCAAUUCAAAAGCUCACCUGUGCGUCAUCUGGUGGCAAUCCACCGCCAUCCUUAAUUUGGUAUAAAAAUGAUAAAAAGUUAAACUCUGCAUCUAAAUUGAAUGGAAAUACAGUUAUCUCCGAAUUGACAAUAUUGGCUAACGCAUCAGAUAACCAAGCUCGUUACAAAUGUCACGUAGAAAGCCCAGCUAGUGAUAUUCCAUUAUUUGAAGAGAAAACCUUACAAGUUUACUUUCCACCUGAAACCGUCAAAAUCCGAAUCGAACCAAAAGAUCUCCAUCCGGGAACAACAGCCAAAUUGAUUUGUGACUCCAGUUCUAGCAAUCCCCCAGCAAUGGUGUCCUGGUGGAAGGAUGGAAUACCUGUUAAUGGAGCAAAUCCUUCAAAUCGUUCCGGUUUAUGGGGUGGCGCAGUGUCGACGCUGGAAUUAUUCAUUAAUAUCACACAAGAGAUGCACGACUCGAUAUACACCUGCCAGAGUAUAAAUGAAGCAUUGCAGCGUAGCGUGCAUGAAACAAUUUCCCUGGACAUUUUAUAUCCUCCUAAAUUUGCCACAUCUCAGCCAGUGACAUUUACGGGGGUGGAAGGCGAACCACUACAAAUCCCAUUAGUGGCAACUGCUAAUCCAAUGACAAUGUCAUUCACCUGGACUAAGGAUGGCUUUCCGAUUUCAUCGAACAACAACAGAAUUGCUAGCAAUAGCAAUGAGAGAAUUCUUGCGGAAGGACCUGUUCUAAACAUAAUCAAAUUGGAGAGAACCGAUGCCGGCAGAUAUACCUGCGAAGCUAUGAACUCACAGGGAACAACGACAAUGGGUGUCCAUGUGAUUGUCGAAUAUGCACCAGACAUCGAAUCAAUAUCGGAUGGAAACAUUUUUGCUCCCGGACAGGAUGCAGUACUUUCGUGUUCGAUUAAUGGCAAACCAUUAACCGAAGACCAUGUCAGAUGGGAGAGAUCUGGCUACGAUAUGGCUACUCGAACUACGGCAGCUUUCGUCAACGGAACCUCGUAUUUGCACAUCAAAAAUGUCCAACACUCUGACGUUGGCAACUUUACGUGCAUGGUUGACAAUCAGAGGGGUGCUAUGGCACAGCGGGAUGUCCUACUAAUUGUUGAAUCUGCUCCAAAAGUCGAUAAAUUUCCGUCAGCAACGCGGUUUGCGGCAGGUUUAGGCGAACGUGGUAUACUGCAAUGUACGGCUCAAGGUGCUCCAGCACCCAUGUUCGUUUGGCGGAAAAACGGCAAAGAAAUUAAGAUGUAUCGCCGGAACAAGUUUAGGAGUGAAGAAUUUCAAAUUGACAAACUAUCAUCUGGAUCAAGGUUGUUUAUUGAGUCGGUGCUGAACGACGAUUACGGUGUGUACGAAUGUGUGGCAAAGAACAUGCAUGGCGAGUCAAGUGCUGCAAUACAGUUGAACAAGCCAUCGCGACCCGAAAGUCCUCAGAAGUUGAUGAUUAAUAACGUGACCGAUAAUAGUGUUGUGCUAUCAUGGAUUGCUGGUUUCGAUGGUGGUUUGCCUGUUUACUAUCGCAUACGAUAUAGGCAAUUGGAUGAGGAUAAAUACAAGUACGUUGAAGCUAGACCAAAUUUCCUAAACGCUACCAUCUCUGGACUUCAAUCGAAUACGGUUUAUGUCUUUUCGGUUAUGGCUGCCAAUGAAGCUGGUGGAUCAAAGUUCUUGCCAGAUAUGAAAGUCACUAUUUCUGUUAAUAAAUCAGAAGCUAUUACGGCAACAGAAACUACGGAGAAAAGUGAAAUGCCCAAUUUGGUUAUCAUUGGUAUUACGUCGGCAGCAAUGAUUUUGCUUAUCUUGAAUGCUGCAUUGGUGGCAUGGUUUGUGAUUAGACGACAGAAUAAGGAUUCAUCGGAAAGUGAACAUCAGACGGAUGAUGCAUAUUCAAAGGAUGACAACCAGUCGGAUUAUAAGGGUGAAAAUCACAAAAAAGCUGCCUCAACAUAUUUAGUAGAAAAUGUGGACAUCAUUCAAUCAGCAUCAUUUCCACCAAAAUAUCAAGAGAGUUCUUUAAGUUCUCCCCCCUACACCAUUAAUGCAGAUUAUACCAAAACACUGCCAAAUCCAAAGCGUCAUGCUAAGAUUAUGAAUGACAAUCGAUCAAAGGAUGAUCACAUGUUGGUGUCCAAUGGAUUAUAUAUUCCUUCGCCAUCACCAGCUUCGUCAUUGGUCAUCAAAGGGAGUUAUAUCUCUUCGCCGUCACCGGCGCCACCGCCUGAUGGAUCAUAUUUUAACAUGAGCGAUAAAUACUUAUCGUAUCCACCAGUGGUUUAUUAAAAUAAUUAUGUCAGAACCACAAAAUAAACGUUUAAACAAAGGGUGUCAUGCGAAUGAGCAUUUUAAUUUGAAGAAGAGACUGACAAACACAAAUAAAAAAAAAAACGAAAAAGAAAAUUGCCCUUGGAUGCACAGAUUCAGAGAAGAUUUAAUAAAAAAAAA